AUGUCUCCAAGAGGGAGGGGAGCUGCAGCUAUUGCCCCUGGGAAAUUCAAAAACAAGGCCCUUCAGCUCAGCCUCUCCAAGAAAUUCUGCUCAAAGUCACAGUCUCCCGCGGCCAAGGGGAAGGACUCUGGUGAGGACGAGUCUAAUCGUCGCGGCAGAAGGAGCCUCAGCAACAGCUCAGUAGUGGCAGCCGCUUACAUCUCCUUCCUCAAUAAACUCUUUGGACAGGAGAGAGAGCUGAUGCCAGAUGAGUUAGAUGAGCUGCAGCAGGCCUUCAAGGAAUUUGACUAUGAUGCGGAUGGCUUCAUCCAUUACAAAGACAUAGCAGAUUGCAUGAGGACCAUGGGCUACAUGCCUACUGAGAUGGAGCUCAUCGAGAUCAUCCAGCAAAUCAAGAUGAAAUGGGGUGGACAUGUAGACUUUGACGAUUUCUGUGAGCUCAUGGGACCAAGGAUGCUGGCUGAGACAGCUCAUAUGGUCGGGCUGAAGGAGCUCCGCUGUGCCUUCAAACAGUUUGACUGCGAUGGCGAUGGGAAGAUCACGCUUGAUGAGUUGAAGGAGGGCAUGAAGACCCUACUGGGGGAGAAGCUGAAGAAAGGCGAACUGGAGGAGAUCCUCAGUGACAUUGACCUCAACAAAGAUGGAAACAUUGACUUUGAUGAGUUUGUUAUGAUGCUUUCUGCACGAUGA